UUGAACAGGUGGAGCCCUACCUAGAUAUUAUAAGUGCAUCAAAUCACCUGCAACAUAAGCAACCUGGAAGAAAGAUGCCAAAGGAAAUCAAGAAUUUAUCAACGAUAUGCAGAGAAGUUCUGGGCAUUUCUCUUUCUAAGUUGAGUGGUAGAACAUGAAAGAAACUGCACAAGAACUAGCUGCAUUGAAUCAAUUUGUAGUUUUACAUUUGGAGCUUCAAUGUAGUGAUUGGUCCCAUCGUCCUCUUACAGAAGAGCAGAAAGCGUAUGCAGCUAUGGAUGCUCAAUGCUUGCUCCAAAUAUUUGAUGUCUUCAAGGCCAAAUUUGUUCAAGAAGGGGCUACUCAUAAUGGUGCAACUGUGCAUUAUUCAUCAAAUAUGAACCUUGGCUUGAAAGAAAUUCUCGAGAAACCAGAUGUUGGUAACAAAAUUAUUAGAGUCGAACUUCAUAAAGCUUUAGAUAUAGUCCAAGCUACUGUUUCUUCUGAAUGUUGUCAAAGUAUUGUUGAUGGAAUAGUUUCAAGGAUACCAUGCAGAAAUACCAUGCCUAUGGAUGAAUUGCUCUUGAAGAUAGUAAAAAAACAUGGUGAAAAAAUUUUGUUAAGAGAAUCAGAUAGAAAACCAAAAACCUCCAAGGGGAAAGGGAAAAGACGCCUGCCUGUGGUUGCUAUUAACAGAGAAAAGCAGUUAGGAAAUUCCAGUGAUUGGCAAGGGCCUCCGCCAUGGGACUCGUCCUUGGGAGGUGAUGGAUGUCCAAAGUUUCUUUGUGAUGUCAUGGUUGAAGGCCUGGCCAAACACUUGCGCUGUGUGGGGAUAGAUGCUGCUAAUCCUUAUUCCAAGAAACCAGAAUCCAGGGAGUUAAUUGAUCAAGCAUCAAAAGAAAAGAGAGUUUUGUUGACACGAGAUGCCAAAUUAUUGAGAUAUCAGUAUUUGAUAAAGAAUCAAAUAUAUCGGGUCAAGAGUCUUUUGAAGAAUGAGCAGCUACUUGAGGUAAUUGAAGUCUUCCAACUAAAGAUUAGUGAGGAUCAACUCAUGUCAAGGUGCACCAAAUGCAAUGGGAAGUUUAUUCAGAAACCUUUAACAACAGAAGAGGCUGUUGAAGCAGCAAAGGGUUUCCAAAGAAUCCCUAGCUGUUUAUUUGACAAAAAUUUAGAAUUUUGGCAGUGCAUGGAUUGCUACCAACUCUACUGGGAGGGAACUCAGUAUCAAAAUGCUGUCCAGAAAUUCAUCGAUGUCUGCAAGUUGUAUUGAGUAAAUAUCAUCAUUUAUCUGGUUGAUGCAGAUGGUGUUGUGACACACUUUGUAUCUGGGUAAAAUUCUCUUCAACCUUCCUGAUUCAUAGAUUCUUGUUUUAAGGCGAGAUGUUAGAAGUAUGCUCCAGACAUAUAUAUAUAUAUACAUACAUAUAUGUAUUUAUUGGAGGAUAUUGAUGUAGAAUUUUUAAGAUCACUUAAAACAAAUUUAGUUUUAGUGCAUGAAAA